UGGAAGGAGGAGGGAAUUCAAAGAAUCCUGCACAUUAAAGAUGAGAGGUAAGAAGGAGGGUUUCUCUUUAUAAUGAUCAUUCAUGUUGAAUGAGCUUGACAGGAAGAGUGUGUGUUGGUGUGUCUGUGCACAAGGAUGCAGUUUUGGGUCGUACUCGCUGUUGUUUACCUGCCCAGCUUCCAGGCGGCCGCUUGGCACCACAGAAAAGCUCUGUAUCCGUCUGCAUACAGGAUAAAGCGCGGGGCGUAUUCGCUCAACAACCCCACGUUCCAGCGCUCAUCGGAGGACAUCAGUUUGCUCUUUGAGAUUCUGCUCUCGGGAAUGCAGAUUCGAGGCGAGGAGCACACCCUGCUGAUCCCAGAUGAGGAGCUGGCCUCCCUACGAAGCGUUAAAAAGCUGGAAGUCAUCUGUGAGGACGUUCUGCCGAAGAGGCUCUCCGACAUCCGCCGUCUGACGGCUGAACUCGCCCAGCGGCUGGAGCCUCUCAGCUGGCCGGACUUCGAGAGGACCGUGCUGACUUUAGUUUACACAUCGCAGACUUUAGCGCAGAUCACCGACCAGCAUCAGAGAGAGCUGUGGACGAACGCUCUGAUGCAACUGUUUCAAGCUGUUCAAAAAGAUCUCAGACCAACCUGAGAAACAGUCAAAGCAUCAACUUCACUGACUUAGAUUAACUCCUCAGUCUUCUCUAAGCAUCAGAGAAAAUCUGCAUAACAACAAUUCCCCUAUGCUUGUGUGGCUUUGAUGUUCUUCGUUCUGUCUUGACCUUGAAAUCACUGGACUGAUUUUAAUUGAACCCUGGACAUUCCCUCAUUAGAUGUGCAUUUACAGCUGAUGUCAACAGCAUCCAAGAUGGCUGCUACAGCUAAUCAACGUUUGUAACCACAAAAAUAGCCUCUGUCAGCUUUACAGAUUUUGGUGCCAUGGUAGCAGAAAAUCAUUAUUACCACACAUCCUGAUUUUUCUUAAAACAUUUUCUAUUUUCUUUCUGCUCUCUCCUGUUCAAAUUGUUCUUCAGACUUUGUAAACUCUAAUUUCUGGUUUUCCAGUUGAAUGUGUCAUGUUCUGUGUCCCCUUGGUCCCCAGCCCCCUCCUGUUCUCCCUCAGGUUCCCCUCAUGUGUCUUCUUGUGUUCCCCAGCUCCCUCUAGGUUUCCUCAUGUUUUCCUCCCAGUCACUCCCUUGUAAUUCCCAUUUGUUUGCAUUCAUUCUCACUCCCAGCGCAUCAAAAACAAACGCUUGGUCAGCAACCCUCCGCGUCAGACCCCUGACGUCAAAAGUACCCUUUAUUCGUCACUUAUGUGCGAAAAGGGUUUUUUCCCUUUUCUGACAGCAGAUCCCAGUGCAGAGUAAAACUGAUGUGAUGGGAUGUCCGCUGAUGUGGCACUGAACCAGCUCAUUUAACCAUACCUAAACCUUAAAGUUUUGCUAUUUAUAUCCUUCCCCUCACCCUCAUCCUAACCUUAACCCUCUUGCUACCUAAAACGUUACUCUCACUGUGAUCAAGUGUUUGUUUCCCAUGCAUUCUGACUGUGAGUUUUCAUAUUUGCCGCCCAAGGGGAACAUUAGAACAUACCAUCUGGUGAGGGGGAGGUUACAAAUACCCUCUGCUUUUAACCUCCACCUUGGUAGUUGAAACCUCCCCCUCACGUUGCCUCGGUCCAAAUCCGACCAAUGACGAGGCGGCUCCCGCCGUUCACUUUAUAGAGCCGGCUUUUAGAGCGACCGACACAUCACUAACGUGUUCGAUGGCAAGAUGGUUAAGGUUAGGAUAGGGGUGUGGGGAAGGUUAAAUAACAAGAGGAUAAGGUUAGGGUGAGGUACAGUGAGCUUGUUUGGUGCCCUGACUGUGGAAAUCCCAUCGCGUCAGUUUUACGCUGCAUUGGGAUCUGCAGUCAGAAAAGGGAAAACCCUUUUCGCGUAUAAGUGACGAAAAAGGGUUCUUUUGACGUCAGGGGUCUGACACAGAGGGUGGCUGACCAAGCGUUUGUUUUUGACGUGCUGGUAGUGAGAAUGUGUUGUUGCAUUAGCCCUCCUCACCCCUCUAGUUAUAACCGAGCAGCCUAUUUGCCUGCACUUUUGAAGCUGACGGGAGGGGGGUCAGCUUUACAGAGCUCCCACAGCUGAGGAGGGAGAGAGGAGGUAAACAGCGAGUGGAUCACAGGGACUGAACUGAUGUUUUUGAGCAAAACUGUGGUAAAAAUGGCAGUUUGUCCU